AUGAAACCCCAGUCACGCUGCCCGAUUCGGAACGCCCGCCGCCUCCCUUUUCCCCUGUCCGUCGCCCGACCCCCCCUUCCCUUCCUUCUCUCCCUUCCAUCCCUUCUCUCCCUUCCCUCCCUUCUCUCCUUUCCAUCCCUUCUCUCCUCCUCCCUCCCUUCUCUCCCUUCCAUCCCUUCUCUCCCUUCCCUCCCUUCUCUCCCUUCCCUCCCUUCUCUCCCUUCCCUCCCUUCUCUCCCUUCCCUCCCUUCUCUCCCUUCCCUCCCUUCUCUCCCUUCCCUCCCUUCCCUCCUUUCCCUCCAAUCCCUCCCUUCUCUCCAGUCUCUCCCUUCCCUCCCUGUCUCCCUUCCCUCGCUUCCCUCCCUUCCCUCCCUUCUCUCCCUGCUCUCCCAUCUCUCCUUUCCCUCCCUUCUCUCCCAUCCCUCGCUUCCCUCCUUCCCUCCCUUCCCUUCCUUCCCUCCUUCUCUCCCUUCCCCCCUUCUCUCCCCCCUCCCCCCUUACCUUCUCUCCCUUUUCUUCCUUCCCUAUCAUCCGUCCUUGCAAUCUCCUGUCUCUCCCUUCUCUCUCUCUUCUCUCUCUUCUCCCCGUCCCUCCCUUCCCUCCCUUCCCUCCCUUCCUCCCUUCCUCCAAUCCCUCCCUUCUCUCCAUUUUCUCCCUUCCCUCAUCCCGACUUCCAAUCUUCCGUCUCUCCCUUCCCUCCCUUCUCUCCUCCUCUCCCAUCUCUCCUUUCCCUCCCUUUUCUCCAUCCCUCGCUUCCCUCCUUCCCUCCCUUGCCUUCCCGCCCUUCUCUCCCCCCUUACCUUCUCUCCCUUUUCUCCCUUCCCUCUCAUCCCUCCAUGCAAUCUCCUGUCUCUCCUUUCUCUCCCUUCUCUCCCGUCCCUCCCGUCCCUCCCGUCCCUCCCGUCCCUCCCGUCCCUCCCUUCCCGCCCUUCUCUCCCUCAAUACCUUCGCUCCCUUCUCGCCCUUCUCCUCCCCCCCACAGUAUCUCCGUUACCUUCCAUUUCAUCCCUACCCUUCCUCGUCUCUCCCUCCCGACAUCUCUCCUGCUUCUCCUUUCACUCCCUUUCAUCCCUUGCCUCCCUUGACUACCUUCCCUCCCUUCUCUCCCUUCGAUAG